AUGUCGGGCCCAUUGGAGGGCAUCAUCGUCCUCGCAGCCGACGGUCGGCCCGUGGUCCAUUCGCACUUUGCCAACCGGAUCCCAUCGUAUCCAUUGCUCCAUUCAGACUACUUUGCAACCCUCCUGGCCGGGAUCAACUCGGCCAAUGCGCAGAUCUCUAGCUCAAGUACGUCAGGCGCUUCAGCAAUAGCGGGCCCCUCGCUCAACCGCAUCUACUUCACCAAGGAUGUCAAGCCCGUCAUCUGGGUGCCUGGCGUUCCGGAUGUCAACCCUAUGGAUCUGCAAAAUCAGGCCGACGAAGAUGACGAGGAGGACGACGAAGAUGCAGCAGACGUCACGGCCAAUAUGGGCGAGCUAUCGCUAGCGAGUCAGCUCAGUGCGAGGAUCACAGCGAGCCGUACUGCUCCAUCGAAUCCAACACUGGAGCCCAAUGUCUGGGAUGAAGCUGGAUCACAGCGUCCAUCAAUACCAAUCGACGACACAACGACCGACACCAUAUCCCUCCCUCGUUCCGCCGCUCCGGCAACCGACGAAAUGCGAGGGGUUCAAGUCGUACAACAAGCCGCCGAAGCGCUGGCCGAACAAGGUGCUGCGCUCAUCCACAUCGCCUCCGGUCCUCUCCGCUUUCUUUGUCCCGUCUCUCGCGAGGUCGACCCGCUCCUCCCGCUCACGUUCCUCCGCUCGUUCAUCUCCAUCCUGCAAGAGUACCUCACCCAGUCGACCGACCCUUCGCUUCUGACGGAGGACACGCUGCGCGACAACUUCGACAUCGUCUACCAGCUCUUCGAAGAGAUUGUAGAUACCGAUGGCAACAUCCUCACUACUGAAGUCAACAUGCUCAAGAGCCUGGUGUUGCCGCCGAACUGGGUGGGCAAGCUGGUGAAAGCGGUGGGUGUGUCGGGACUGGCAUCCGCCGCGCCGCCACCGCUGAUCUCGACGAUUCCGUGGAGGAGGGCGAAUUCGAAGUAUACGAACAACGAGAUCUUUGUCGACCUGGUAGAGACGCUGGAGGGCGUGGUGGCGAGGAAUGGGCGGCCGGUGGCGAUGGAUGUGUGGGGAACAUUGCAGUGCAAUGCGAGGCUGUCGGGGACCCCGGAUCUGUCAUUGACGUUCAAUGCGCCGGGUCUGGUGCAGGACGAGAGCUUCCAUCCGUGCGUGAGGUAUCGGGUGUGGAGGAAGGAGAGGAGGUUGUCGUUUGUGCCGCCAGAUGGGAAUUUUGAGCUGGUGUUGUUUCGCGUGGGAUCGCCGUUCCUUGCUGGCGGAGAGGGAGGGGCAGGCAAAGGGCCGACCAACGGAUGGACGAAUCGAAUGCCGCUCCACCUCUCACACUGCAUCGAGCUGGGGAAAGGAUCAGCGACGGCGGUGUUUCAGAUUCAAGCAUCCUCUUCAUCCUCCACCACGUCGUCCUCGUUAUCGUCACAUCCCACUGGCCGGGCGGCGAAAGGUCCAGAUCCACCCGGCACACUGGAGGACGUGACUCUCACCUUCGGCCUCGGCCCCGGCGUCGUGUCUAUCGAAGCGGUCGUCGGCGGCGGCCCCGUCCCACCCACCUGGACACUCUCCCCCACCCUCGUGCCGUCCCCAGGUGACCUCUACGGCAGCUACAUCUACGAUCCUACCACCAAGAUCCUCCGUUGGGUCAUUCCCAAACUGCUCCCCUCCAACGCCCAACGGCCGUGCCUGUUGAAGGUCACGUGGACGACGGGCGAUGCAAGCGCCAAGCCGUCGCAUUCUAGCGCGGUAUCUGUUGGAUGGACCAACCCCACCGCUGGCCUAUCGCAAUUGAAGGUGGAUAGCGUGAACCUGACGAACACGCAGAACCACCCGUAUCGCCCAUUCAAGGGCGUCCGCUCUUUCAGCAAAGGCAAGAUCACUUUCAGGGUAUAA